AUGUCAGACCGGCGUCCUCAAGCGCGUUACAUCCACAACACCUCCGUAUCUCCUACGCACCAACGUAGUCUGUAUGAACUGGGUCAAAAACAACGCGCUCUAUCCUUACAGCGCUUCCAUUACCUGCGCGCGGCGGUCACAAACAGCUAUAGAUUCGUCAGUGUAACGCAGCCCUACCCUCUGAGCGAGCGGCACGACGUCCGCUUCGACCUCGACGACGCGUACCCGGACUACCCGCUUGAUCCAAUCAAGGGCGUCAAGCUACGUCCCGGCGCCGAUGGUACCUUCCACGCGGUGGACCUCGAAGCGGCGGUCAGGUACUUCGAGGGGAACUGGAAAACGCGCGAGGGCGGGGUGUUGUACUGCGUUGGAGAGACGCGCGAGUUCUGGACGAUGAUUCUGAGCUACAACGCUACGUUUCCGCCGACUACGGGGUGGGAUAAGUUCGAUAAGCUGUUUGCGAAGCUCAAGACGAAGGGCUUCAAGCAGGGUUUGAUCAACUGCAUGUUUUUCGCCCGCGAGUCGGGAUGUUUGGAUCCGCAGUGUCCGUUCCGACACGAUGCGUCCAAAGCGAUGCAAGACCGCGAGAAGGUGCUUAAGGCCCGACGAGACGCUCUGAAGCGGCCCAGCUCGCGCGCCAUCCGUGUAUACCAGAAACGCGAGAUCGACCGACUUCUUCGACGGACUGGAAUGACCAAGAACGAGUUGCUGGGUAUGGACGAUGAAGGUCACUUUCUGGACGGAGAUGGUGACGGGCCGUUGCAUCCCGAGCACCAGAAGAUCCUUGACGACUCUACGUGUCUCCGAGCUAUUUGCGAGAACGCCGACUGCGACAGCUCUACGUGGAAGAAGGAUGAGGACGCUGAUAUGGCUAAGGGUGCGAGAUGCAAGGCCGCGUAUUACUGUUCGCGUCUCUGCCAGAAAGCGGACUGGAAGGCGCACAAGGCAAACUGCGUUCUUUAUGAAGAUCUCGUGGACAAUGAUGAUCACUGGGAUGAAUUCGGAGAGCGCAAGGUUAUUACGGGGGCAUUCGCGCGACAGAUCAGUGUAAGGGCAUAA